UCCGAGAGAGGACCACUCGCUAGAGGCAAGCGCGGAGCGGACGGAGGGAAGCGCACGGCGUCGCGGGCGCAAGCGCAAUGAAACGCGGAGUGCUCUCGGCGCGCGCGCCACAUUGAAAGCUUGCGACAUGCUGCGGAGGUGCUCAGUCGCGCGCCAACUCUCACGGGGGUGGUAUCGCCGCAUCGGAUUUUCGCUCUCGCUCGUUCGCUCGUUCGUUCUCUCGCAGUAGUCUCUCCGUGUGUUGUAUCGCGGUGCAAGAGAGGCGAGGCAUAUAGAGUCGACGUCGUGCACGUAGGCGUCGGUAAACCGCGUUGGCGCACGGAGCGAACACGCGACCCGGAGCAGGCGACGUGUACGACGGGUUCGGUCGCUCGAGUUCUUAAACGAGACUACGGCGACGACCAGCGCGAAACGCGUGGCCGUCGUCCUCGAGGUGUCGGAAAUACAGUCCGAGGGCCAUUAAGUAAGUAUUUGGAACAGUGUCAGAAGUCACGACGCGUGAUUUCGAGGAAACGUCCGUUUGUUGCCGGCGAUAGUGGCGUACGCGCGGUGACGGUGUGACGACACGGCGCGGAUCUCCUCACCGUCGAGUACCCUCUCCUCGUCUUGUGUCGGCUGGUCUCUUGGAGACGCAGUUACGCGCCGCGCUACGACGGCCGCGGGAGGGGGAGACAACGUGCGGGCGGACGAGUAGAAGCAGCUUAGUACGAGUACGCGAGCGUACUUACGGACACACGGUGUGCGAGCGAACGAGUGCGCGCGCGCGCACGCACGCACGCACGCACGCACGCACGCACGCACGCACGCACGCACGUACGCACGUACACACAGGUGGUCUCCGUGGUGAAGGAGUCGCGGUAGCAGGACUCGCGCGCAGGAGCCUUUUUUGUGAUGUGCGAGUGAAAUGAUGGACUCACCAGUCAUGUACGAUUCAUCGGCUCAUCAGGCCCAGGCGCAGGGUGCGGGCGAUCUGAAGAAAUCCCAAGUGCUCAACAACAACACCAGCAACCAGAACAACAACACCACGAACAAUAAUUCCGCGCUGCAGGUCAACCACAACCAUAGCCAGCAGCAAAAUAGCGCGGUGGUGAGCAAGGUCUCCGCCAGUAAGGCGAGCUUGCACCAGCAAUACGCCGAGCACUGCGCCACUUCCGGCGAGCUCACCGACCUCAACACCCCGGAGAUCUCGUUGGACCUGCAGCACCUGAUCGACGACAAUCACUUCAACGACGGUCUGUUGGACAUGCUCGGUGCUAACAACAGCGCUGUCAAGCAUGUCAGGACCUAUCCGCGCACGACCACUCUCGCCUACAUGCCGCAGCCGGUGCACAGCGGCGCGAGUUACCACCAAAACAACAACAGCUGCAGCGACAGCAACAGUUCGAGUUCGGAGUCACCCAGCAUCAAAGAGGAGCCGCUGGACCCGGCGGACUACCGGCGCCACUGCCCUCAAUAUCCAUCGGCCGGUUACAGUCCAGUAACGAGCAGCCCCUUCGCGAACGGUGCUCCGACCUUCACCACCUUGACGCCGUCCACCGUGCCCGGCGGUCACCCGGGCGCGCCGAACGUCCACCAGCCGCCGCCGCGAGGUGGUCCCAUGAAGCCGGUAAUGGCUCACCAGCAUCACGUGACCGCUAACGUCGCCAGGAAGCAAACUAAGGCUAUCGACAAGGCGAGCGACGAGUACAGAAGACGGCGAGAGAGGAACAACAUCGCCGUUAGGAAGAGUCGCGAGAAAGCGAAAGUACGGUCACGCGAGACCGAGGAGAAGGUGAAGCUGUUGGUGAAGGAUAACGAAAUGCUGAAGAAGAGAAUCGAGCUGCUCACCGAGGAGCUUAACGUGCUCAGGUCACUCUUCAGCAGUGUCGGCGUUGUGCCCGAGCAGCUGCACCGUGAGAUCUCCAGGCACCUUGACCAGUUUCAGCAACACGCGGUUGGACCUAUGUAGCGCACGACCAUCAACGUCGCGCAGUCGUCAUUCGAUGUUCGCAGUCGCGUAUCGACGUCGCCGUCUAACGUCGUCAUCGGCUCGCGUCCCUGGGCUAUCAAGCCGAUCCGAUUGUGAGACGAAGUCGCUUCUUCCGCUUCAUCCCGCGCCUCUCCUCGACACCGCAUGCGUCUCCGAAGAAGUGGUCUUUCGUGCUCUCUGACUCCCCUCUCGCUUGCUCAUUCUCGCCCGCUCCUUCUCUAUCUUUCUCUUUCUCUCUCUUUGUCUCUCUUCUUCUCUCGUCUCUUGCGCCGGCCUUUAUCUCUCAUUCGACUCUGGAGCGCGCAAUGUAAGCGCACGUGCGUGCCUACGUCGUCGUUAACGCUUAAAGUCGCAAAGGCGCGGGCAUAUGAGAGAGAAAGAGAGAGUGAAGAGGGGAGUCGCGGCGAGUCGCGUAGGAAGGAUGAUCGGGAAGCGACCUACUCGCGGCGAACUCGGCGACGACGGCUGAGGAACGCGCGAGACGUGAUGCGCGUGCUGAUAAAAAGAGUACCUCUAUCCGCGAGAUACGAGCCCUUUGCUCGUAGAAAGGGAAAAAGUGCCGUCCGGACUCUGAAAACCCGAAAGGAGACCAGAGGAGGUGAAAACGGAGACGGUAAACGAAUUACUCGCGUGGCGCGCGCUGGCUCAUCAUGUUGCGAUCUUGCAAAGUUAAUGUCAAAAAGCUGUUAUCAAAAAGCUUUGAGAAUCUGAGAGAGAAAGAAGGAAAAAAGACAAUCGGAUCUUCAGCUCUUCGCACUCUCUUUCAUCUACCUUUGUUAUUUGAGAUAGAACGUUUUAUUCUUCUCAGUAUCUUGCUCUCGUCUCAUUUUUUCCUCAGUAUCUGUCGACCACAAUCGUAAAAUUUUGUAGCAGGUCCGUCGUGACUAACGAAAACUCUCUACGGUGAGCAAGAUCGCAACAUGAACAUCUUCGAACAAAUCACGGUCUCGAUGAUUCACGCGAGCAUUCUCACCUUAAUUGUACACACGGAACACAGACGCACCUGACAUCUCCAGCGCGAAAGACACGUACACACGGCGUUGUACCUAGAUUCGGUUUUUAGUUAACGUUAAAUUAAUGAACUUAGGUUAUCGCCCUCCAAUUACCAAGUACCUAAAAGGAAAAAAAAGAAGGAAAGACCACGUCGAGACUCCAACAACGAUGAUCUUAUUACCCGUCGACGUGACUCUAACAGUCGAUAUAACCCCUUUCCCUUCUCUCAAUCCCCAAUUUCUCAAUACGUACUCGCUUCCGUGCUCACAUACUCGCCACUUUCAGCGAGACGCAGCCAAACAGCAACCGAGCACCCAACCAUGCCCUUGUAUUAUAUAUUUUUAGCUCUUAUUAAUUUUAUUAUUAUUAUUAUAUUCGAGAUUUAUGUACAUAAAAAAGCUAAUAUAUUUUGUUAGAAAAGUGGAGCGCACGCGAGCGCACGCCUGUCUGCGAGUGUGUGUACGUACGUAACAAUGUGUGUAUGCGUGUGCAUGAUACAGCAUGCGUCAGUACGAAUGCAUCACAAGACGCAUUUGUUGUAAUUAUAUAUUUUAUUAGCAGCGAGAGGAGACAUUUUCUCGGCUCGAGAAGCGUGAAUGAUCGAAUCGUAUCUUUGAGCAUUCUUGAUUCUACAUGCGGUCGUUUUAAGCGAAACUUCACCUUCGUGUUUACCUGUAAAAUUGAUAACACAAAGCGGCAGCGACCGGUGUGUGCUGUGAUCGUCACGGUAACAUACAUACACACACUCACACAUCAUGUACGUAUAUGCGCGUGUACUCACGCGAUAUAAUUUGCGCGGAGGCGCGCGACGCGUGUGCCGAGUUACGUUACGGCGAGUGUGAAUGUGUGACGUUACGCACGCGUGCCUUGGUGUAUGACUGACGUAUGUUAGGUACGAGAUUACCUGUCACGGUUGUCUUCUUGUCUAUGCACAAAUAUAUUUUGAUAUGAAACGUG